UCUAUGCUCUUAAUGGCGGCGCCCAGAGCCUGCGAAGAAGAACCGAGCAGGGUUGCGGCGAGCGGGCCGGAGCAGCCCGGGGUGCGGGUGCGGGUGCGGGCGAGUUGAGCUGGGGUCGCCCCUCGGGGUUCCUGUCAACGGGGCGCAGCAUGGACGAGGAGAGCCUGCAGGCCGCGCUGCAGGCGUCGGGCGCGCAGCUGCAGCAAGUGGAGCUGGCCCUGGGCGCCGACCUGGACCCCGCCGAGCUGGCCGACCUGCGGCAGCUGCAGGGCGACCUCAAGGAGCUGAUCGCGCUCACCGAGGCCAGCCUGGUGUCGGUGCGCAAGAGCAAGCUGCUGGCCACGCUGGACGGACAGCCCCCCGCCGCCGGCCAGACCCCACCCGCGGCUGCUGAGACGCAGGACCUCCCGCAGGAGGAGGAGCCGGAGGACGAGGAGGACACCGACGAGGAGGACGCCUGGGCCGGCCGCAGGGUGCAGGCCCCGUUCCGCAGCGCCUGGGGACCCCUGGAGUACCACAACGCCAUGGUGGUGGGCGCCGAGGCAGCGGGCGUGCGCGUGCUCUGCCUCUACCCCACGCAGCCCGCGCUCAAGCCCUGCCCCUUCUUCCUGGACGGCAAGUGCCGCUUCCAGGACAGCUGCAGGUUCUCCCAUGGCCAGGUGGUCUCCGUGGACGAGCUGCGGCCCUUCCAGGCCCCGGACCUGAGCUCCCUGCAGGCAGGCUCUGCGUGCCUGGCCAAGCAUGAGGAUGGCCUGUGGCACUCUGCCCGGAUCGUUGAUGUAGACAGCGGCUACUACACAGUCCGCUUUGACUCGCAGCUGCUGAAGGAGGCUGUGGUGGAGGGGGACAGCGUCUUGCCCCCUCUGCGUGCUGAGCCUUCCACAGACUCGGACUCGGAUGGCAGUGACACAGAUGACACCAGUUAUGCCCGAGUUGUGGAACCUGCCCCCGAAACCAGCGGGCCCUGCAGUUCCGCCUUUGCUGGCUGGGAGGUGCACACGCGUGGCAUCGGCUCCAGGCUCCUGGCUAAGAUGGGCUACGAGGUCGGCAAGGGUCUGGGCCCUCGGGGCGAUGGGCGGGUGGAGCCUAUCCACGCUGUGGUGCUGCCUCGGGGGAAGUCGCUGGACCAGUGUGCGGAGAUCCUGCAGAAAAAGACCAAGAGCGGCCAGACCAGCACCCCCAGGCCCCCCAAGAACCGGAAGCCUGGGGCCAAGGGCCGCCCACCACCACAGCCUCGUCGCAAUGUGUUCGACUUUCUGAAUGAGAAGCUUCAGGGCCAAGUUCCUGGGGCACCGUCCGAGGCAGGUGCCACGCCUCAGGGCGGGAAGAAGAGCAGCAAGGACUUGUACCACGCGGGCAAGAGCGCCAAGCGCGCCCUGAGCCUGCAGCUCUUCCACACGCAAGAGAAGAUUGAGCAGGCCCAGCGGGACAUCAAGGGCAUCCAGGAGGCCCUGGCCCGCAACUCUGGACGGCACGGCGUGACAGCGGCCCAACUGCAGGAGAAGCUCACCAGAGCUCAGCAGCUCCUGAGCCAGCUCCGGGCCCAGGAGGCAGGUCUGCAGCGGGAGCAGAGCCAGGCAGAUACCCACAAGAAGAUGACAGAGUUCUAGCAUCUCCAAGGAUGAUCUGGGAUGCGCCUGCAGGGGGAGGGCGGCCUGGGGGUACCUCCCUGUACCCCCCACUUGUCAUAUCAAGGUGGUGCUUCUUGAGGACAUUAAAGACUCUUGUUUCUCA